GAAUCUAACAACGAACCCAGUGUGUGACUCAACUGGCAUGGCGGUAACAUGGUCACCCUCUCUGGUUGCCGAGUCAUACGCACUCACAGCCAGCAGUAGAGAUGGAGAUGUCCGCACCUGCAGAAGCACCACAAACAACUGCACCCUGCUUCACCUGCAUUGCGGACAGAUUUAUGACAUUAAAAUAACGGCUUCGGCUGGAAACUGCACCAGCCUGGCCAGUCAACAGGUCACCUUCUCUACUGUGCCCUGUGAGCCACAGAACAUGACUGUGGAAGUGCAGUGUGACACCGGGACCGCCACACUUUCCUGGGUCAAGGGUCAAGGUUCACUUCACUACUUCACAAAGGUUCAAACUAUGGACGGGCACAUGGUUCACUGCGACACUACAAACGCGUCCUGUAGUUUUCGUGGACUGGCCUGUGGGGCGUUGUACAACUUCAGUGCGCAGGUUUCAGAUGGAACCUGUAACAGCUCCCUCACUAUACCAAUCCAGAAAGGAGCAGUCCCAUGUCCUCCUGACACUGUAAGGGUGAGGACACAUGUGAUGGUUGAUGCCACUCUAAUCAGGGUCAACUGGAAUUUUGUGAGAUGUCCUAACGUCACAUACCUGGUGCAGGUGACAGGCAAUAUCCAGAACAACCCAGCUUCUCUUAUUGAUAUGUCAUCCUACUGGACAGGCAUCAACUACUUUGAGUUUCCUGUUCCCUGUAGCACCACUUACAGUGUGUCUGUGUUUGCACAAAACUCAGCAGGGAUCAGCAAACCAUCUCAGGCUGUUACUGGUGUCACAGUGCCCUGUCCACCAGUGAAUGUCACCUUCACGGGUGGCAAUUCCUCGGCCAGAGUGACCUGGAUGUCCUCAGCUCUUAUCACAGGAUACAGGGUUUACCAGCUGAGCUCUAACGGCAGGGUGCCCGUCUGUCUCACCUCAAACCUCAGCUGUGAGGUCUCUGGCCUGCAGGCCUCUAAUGUUGCUGUGACGGCCUGGAACAGUGCAGGAGAGAGUCUCGCAUCUAGAGUAGCUACUGGUCAAACCUCGAACCGUCGAAAGAGAAAUCUGGAAUAUGCAAAGAUGUUUGCAUCACUAACCCCUGAGGAGCUGGCCGUCCCUGAGGUGAAGGUUGCCGUGACCGGACAUUCACUACAGGUCAAGUGGUCUCGGGUGACAGGAGCGGGGUCCUACACUCUGAUUGUAUACAAGGACACCGAAGAACAGCCGAAGGAGGUUGUGUCCAUAUACAGGACUGAGAUCGCUACAGUUACUGAUCUAGAACCUGCGACACUUUACUGCAUCAUCGUGUCUGCCAAAAACCACAACAUCCAGAGCGCCUACUCCCAGCCUGUGUGUGUCACUACUAAUGCCUCCAAGUAAACGGCCUUCCUGCAGGGUGGACUGUACAGGACUGUAGAUACAAAACAAACCAAAGUGGUGUUGAGUUCUCUGAACUAGCGUCUUCUCUUUCUUAUAUCCCAUGAUUACUACUAAAAAGACAAGAAAAUCAAAUAGAAUUAAAAUGUCUUGAUUAUGUCUCCUUAACUAAUCAUUUUCCAAUGAACCCAAUCACAAUAUUGAUAAUUAUUUUUAUGAUGUUAUACCUAAUAUAUAACCAUUUCUGUUGAUUAAAAAAAAAACAUAGGCAGGGUCACUUAAAAUGAAGAAUAGAUGUGGGGAAAGAUUCUACAUUGAUUGACCAACAUGUUAUACUGUAACACAUAGUUUUUAAAGAAAGUUGUGUAUUUAUCUUAAAGUCAUUUUCUGUAACCAGGUCAUAAAAUGAUUUAAUCAAGAAUGUUUGUGUAGUUAGAUCAAAUAAAUGGUUAAUUUAUCAAGCAUUA